AAGUGGCAAAAAGGGCCCUCAUCCCGGCCGUUUGCGUGCGUAAGUGUGUGAGUGUAUGUCAUACUACAGUUGUCUCUGCUGAUUAAUGCUUUGCUUCGGUGAGGAGAUACAGCGUAGAACACAUUCCCUGUCUCUGCACCUCUGAGGAAAGAGAACAAGCAGGAUCUGGAAGAACCAGGAGCAGAAAACCAGCAGAGGAUCGGUUCCUUCUCUUCAGAAGAACCCAAGACUGUAAUCUGGAUCUGACAAACCAGAAGGGACGCCGAGUUGAUGUGCUGGAAGAGAGCGUCCUCUUGCUUGUGAGGGAAGAACAGCAGUGCCCGUAUUGUUGGAGGGGGAGAGGGUAAUACAGCCGGUUGUGGUUCAGCAGUUCAAGACGUCUAUGGUCCAGAGAUAGACUCAGACCAUGAAGGGCUUGGAGCUGUUGUUGUUGCCUCUUCUGUUUAUUCUGAAAGAUGUAAGUGCUCAGUGGAAUGUGUGGAUGCCCAGAGACAUUUCAGCCAUGACAAACUCCUGUGUGGUUGUGCCCUGCUCCUUCACGUACCCCUCUGGUAUCAGGCCUUACAGGGGAGUACAUGGGAUCUGGUACUUUGGCCACCCUUUCCCCCAGCUCUUCCCCCCAGUGGUGUUUAAGUCCCGCACAGAUAUAGUUCACGAAAGUUACAAGGGACGGACCAGGCUUUUGGGUGACCUGACACAGAAGAACUGCACACUGCUGAUAAAAAACGUUGGAGCAGAACAUUCUGGGAGGUAUUACUUUCGUGCAGACCUGGGCGGAGCAAACAUCUACACUUAUCCUGACUUCACACAACUCCAGGUGUUAGACCAGCCAAACAUCGAUGUUCCAGAAGAGAUCAUCAGUGACCAGAGUCUGGACUUGACCUGCUACGUCCCAGACAACUGUCCCGACAUGACCCCAGAGAUCCACUGGAUGUACACGGACUACCUGCCUGAUCCCUUUUUCACCCCGGAUGGUGUUGAAGAAAGCAACACCCCUGUACAGUCCAUCACCCUCACUUUUACACCCAGACCCAUGCACAACGGUCAGCUGCUGGGCUGUCGGGUCCACUACCCAAAUACUACCUUUGUCUACGAACGCCUCAUAUCACUGGACGUCAAGUACGGCCCCCGAACGGUCUGGGUUAACGUGUCUCAAGAGGUGAUGGAGGGAAGCUCUGUGGUUCUGCACUGUGACGUGGACAGUAAUCCAAUUCCCACGAUAACAUGGUUCUUUGGAGAAAAAGAGCUGACGUCGGUAAUUGCCUCCAAUGCUUCACUGUUUCUGGAGAACCUCGCUCCUGAAGACCAAGGCAUCUAUACAUGCGCCGGUGACAAUGCCUAUGGGAGUAUGAACACGUCCAUGUUUCUGGCCGUUAAUUAUCCUCCACGGGAGCCAUGGAUCAAUGAAUCCAUCACAGCGAUGCAGGGAUCGUCCUUUAGCCUGCAAUGCAUCAGUAAGGGUAACCCAAUGCCCACGCUGACCUGGCUGAAGAACGGAGAGCUGGUGGGCACCAUCACCGCACACGAGGAGGGGUCUACACUGGAGCUUCAUGAGAUCGAGCCGCAAGCCGACGGAGUUUACCGCUGCCUAGCUGAGAAUGAAUACGGCCGAGCAAGCAGCUCGCUUAACGUCACUGUAGAAUUCGCCCCGGUCCUCCUCGACGACUCCAAGUGCACUAUAAUUCGUGAGGGCGUUCAGUGCAUAUGCAUCGCCUCUGGAAACCCAGAGCCUGCUAUUGAGUUCUAUCUGCCUGACCUUAAUAUCACCAUCAACGGGUCCAACAAUCGCUACAACUUCUUCACGCACUCAGACCACUACACGUCCACAGGCAUCAUCAAGCUGCGGGACAAAGGCGAACGGGGGAACAACGGUGACACGGCCGUCCACGUGCACUGCAGCAUCAGCAACAUUUACGGAUCUGACACCAUCCGCUUGGAACUGCAGCAGGAGAAAAAAUACAUUAUGGCGGUUAUCGUGGGGACUAUUGGAGGUGUGGCGGUCAUCGCCUUCAUCAUCGCGGCCGUGAGAUACGUGGGCCAAAACAAUAAAAAAGAGAAUGGUAAUCCUGGGCGGGACGUGGGAUCUAAAGUGGAGAAUCCCGCAAUGUUCUACAGCGCAGUCAAGAAGGACAAACAGAGUCUGAGGAAAAAAGUGCUUAAGACUGAGCUCCUGGGCUCAAAGUUUAACUCCAUCCUAGAGGAAGGCACGGGAGACGACGGUGAUUACCAAUCUGUUGGCCCGAUUGGAGGCAUGGAGAGGCAAGAGCUGAAUUACGCCGCCCUUGAGUUUCUUCACGGUCGACACCGGGAGGGAGGCUUCAGGAGGGCUGACGGUGACGGCAGUGACUACACUGAGAUUAAGACUAAAUGAACCGCGAUUCUUCCCUGAUGCCUCGACCAAACGGGACACGGUGGCCACUAGGGCCCAAUCAUUGGACAUACCCAUUCAUAUUUUAUGAGAAGUAAACAUUCAGUUACCGUUGACUCAUUGUCACGUCUUUGAGUUUCAUUCUAGUCUGAACACUAAAGUAGUCGUAGUUGAGUUUACCCAAUGCAUUUUUCAAUACAAUGAAAGUACAUGGUGACCACGGCUCUUAAAGGGCAUAAGGACUAAAACAAAGAAAGUUUUGUCUUCGAAAGACUUGGACUACAGAGCAGUCAUGUCUUCAAAAAGUAGAUGAUGACAUGAAUGGCAUUUUCUUUUAGAGAAAGCUUCAAAGAUUUUCCACUGUAACCAUACCAGAAAUGAUCGUUCUCGGAAAGAGCGGAUAGAAUUCAACCACAGCAUCUCACGAAACAAGCAAGGUCUUGUUUCCCAAAUGUUCGAGCAACACUCUGAAAAAAGUUUGAGGGAAUUGGUAUGGUUUGCUUUGUAUCUAGUGGUCUUUUUCACUGUGUCCGCUGUAAGUCGAUGCAUCAGGGAACGAGGUACCACGUGGUCCUCGAUGUAAAAGCGCUCUACCCAUCUCUGGGGAAUAACACUCUCUCGAAUGCAGCAGCUGAUCUUUUGUCUACACGCAAAAUAUGUGUCUGCUGAUCCUUUUAUCCAGAUUGUUAAAGGAAUAGUUCACCAGAAAUAAGUUCAGUCACUAUUUAUUCAUCCCCCCCAACACAGAACAAUAACACAGAAAGAUAAAAGGUUUGCAAUGACUUGAGGGUGAGGAAAUAAUGACGGGCCUUUGGUUUUUGGGGUGAACUGUCCCUUUUGUUGGAUUUCAGUGCAAGCUUAAAUGAAUACCUUUUUUAUUUAUAUCUUUAUUUAUUUACGUUUAUAAAUGAAAACAGACCAGUAACUCGAUUCAAAACUGGUUUAUUGAAUGGUUGCUGGAUUCCCCCUCCAAAGCCUUUACUCUUCUGUUUAUUCAAGUUUUUUGAAUUCCUUUUUUAUUUGAAUUCCUGUUGUUAAUACAAAGAGGAAUAAAAUGACUCUCAGCCCUGAACACACUGCAUUGCAGUGAAGCUCAGAAUUGAUAUAAAAAGUCAUACUGAAUAUUGGAAACACUACAAGAUUGAUGGAUCACUGGAGCAAAAAAAUUGGCCAAGAAAUCCUUUACAUAGCAGAACGAAACGUAGGAAGAUGAGACUAGCCAAGGUGCUUAAAAAUAAAUGUCAUGUUUUAUGUAAUCCUCCGGUAAGGUUGCGUCAGUUUUAGAUGGUCAGUAUAUGCGAUCCGCCCUUGAAAUACAAUUUCAACUAACAGAUUAAUGAGUAAUUGUAUUAAAUAAAGCUUACAUUCAAACAGGCACUUUGGCGGGACACCAGUGUAUGUAAAUACAUGAUAUAUAGUUCUGUGUUGUGAACCUCUGACUGCACAACAGGAACAUACAUUGUGCAACAAUGGUGUAUAUUUUGCAGAAAAUCGAGCACAACGUGACAUUAUAUGUGCAUAUACAAUUAAUGCAAACUGAAGAUAUAUAGCCUACACAGAUGCUUUACCAGUUAUUUAUUUGUUAGCGAAGAUUCGGAAGUCAAACCUAAUUUUUCACUUUGAGUGUUGUAGAGGAUAUUUGUAUGUAUCUGACUGUGUGAUGGCAAUAAUAUUGAUCGAAAUAAUGUUGUUUUCUCAUUGACAUAAUAAUGCAGAAAUGAAUGCAUUUUUAUUUAAAUAAGCACUGUUCAUUCAUAUUAAUUUGUAAUUCGAUGUUCUUUGCUCUCUUUUUUGGUUAAUAAAAGUCUCCGGUCUCAAA